AUGACUCCUCAGGUGCCUGUACCAAGGCCCUCUUACUCCCAGGCCAGGGAAAGCCUGGUGAAGGCCAUCCCACCUAGGAUCAUCUGUCUGCUGGCCUGUGGGGGUAGAGACUGCCGUUACGAGGGUCCUGAUUGCUGGAGGCCCGGUCAGCAGGCCAUCCAGGGCCUCUUCUCCAGCUGGGUGACGCAUGAUAUUGUUGCUAUGGCAAGACCUUCCACAUACCUUAUUGACAGAUACAACAUCAUCCAACAGUUCAAACAGUUAAACAUUAAGUCCAUUAUAAACAUGCAGUUGCCAGGGGAGCAUGCUCACUGCGGCCCACCACUGGACCCAGACAGUGGCUUUACAUACUCACCACAGAUCUUUAUGGAGAACCAGAUUUUCUUCUAUAACUACGGCAUGGCUGACUUUGGGGUGUCGUCUCUGGAGGGGAUUCUGGAUGCUGUGAAAGUUCUGGCCUUCUCUGUGCAGGAGGGGAGAGUGGCCGUUCACUGCCACGCAGGCCUGGGCAGAACAGGUGUUGUGAUUGCCUGCUACCUGAUCUACACGCUGCGUGUGAGUGCGAGUGAAGCUGUGCACUAUGUCCGUAUCAGACGACCCCGCUCCAUUCAGACCCGGGCUCAGAUCAGCCUGGUGUUUGAUUUUGCCCGUUUACUUGGCUCCCAGUUAACCCAGUUCCCCUCACUGAGUCUACGGCAUGGUGCAGCUUUCACCCUGCACCAGUACCUCCACCGCCAGUCGCUGCUUCUCCACGGCCCAGAGGCCCGCUCCCUAAAAUACACACCGAAGAUCGUCCACUUCCUCUGCAGCCAGCUGUCCGCUCUCGCCCUGGGCGUCGCCAGUCCUCCGCACGCCCAGGUGGAACUGGACAGGAGGACAGCCCUUUUGGCUCUACAGCGAACGGUGAGGGACACUCUGUCUCUGAAGACGUUUCUGCCCAUCCUGAGAGACGUGAGACGACCGCGGGGCAGGGCGUCUCUGUCGUCAUCGGUCGGGUCGCUGACGUCCUGGGAUGAGCCCUUUGGGUUCCUGAUGAGGAAGAGGGAGGUGUUGUUGAACAAACACAGCUACAGCGAAUCAGAUCUGAGUAAAAUCGCAACCAAUGAGGAGACAGUGUUUACCCAACACCCUGCGCUGUUGAGGGACGGUGUGGGAUUCUGCAAUGGAACGGCCAGACAAUCACAUGACCAGGCCUGGGCCCCAGUCGUUCAGCUGAAGGACCAAUGCAAUGGGAGAACGGAAGGACGCUCUCCAAUUCACGUGACAAAAAAUGACAGCGCCACCAAGAGAACAAAGUGUCGAGCUAAGGAACCUCAGGGCUUCCCGAAAUUCAGAUCAAACUCAGAGCUUCACAGGACCCAAAACAAACCUCGACAAGCAUCGGUUUCCAAGGCAAUCGCCAGGGCAAUGGCACAGCAGGCUCCCCCUAACGACAGGGUUCUCUAUAGGGCCGCCUACUUACAGGACGAGUUGAAUGAGCAAGAGUGUGGGUGGGCCACGCUCGCCAUGGAAACAGACCCCAAAGUUCUGAGCUACCUGCUUUGGGCCUGGCUGGAGAAGCUUAAGGAGCCUGUGUUAAACUGUGAGGACGUAAUGAAACUGACUCCAGCAUCAGGAGACAACAGAGAUAAACUCCAACUACUACACAAGGUACACACUAUUUACUGUGUGUUGAGAUGUGUGGCUAUUCUGACUGCUCAGUGUCCACAGCUGGAGGAGCCCCUGCUACAGCGUCUCAUACGAGCACUAACCAAGCGCCCUCCAGAGGAGAUUGGACGCUAUGCUUCUCUACUGGAACUCCUAAGGGAUGCCACACACCACCUACAGACCUGA